AUGGCGGCUCUGCAGAAGGCUGCAGCAGAAGACUUGGGCCUGAACCACCUGGAAGGGGACAGUGCAGAAGAGCUGGAUGUGCAGGACCCAGAGUUGGAGGCCAUCAAAGCCAGAGUGCGGGAGAUGGAGAAAGAGGAUGAGAGGCUGAAGGAGUUACAGCUGGAAGCUGAGAGCCGCUUCAUCAUGAGCUCAGAGGCAGGUCUGUUCCCAAAGACGGCAGAGGAGAAAAUGGAGGUUGAUCAGCGAUCCAUCUAUGUGGGCAAUGUGGACUAUGGUGGGACUGCGGAGGAGCUGGAGUCUCACUUCAACAGCUGUGGGCAGAUCAACCGGGUGACCAUCCUCUGUGACAAGUUCUCGGGACACCCCAAAGGGUACGCCUACAUCGAGUUUGAGCAGAAGAGCUCCGUGAAGGCGGCGGUGGAGCUGGAUGAGAGCAUGUUCAGAGGUCGCGUCAUUAAGGUGCUGCCCAAGAGAACCAACAUGCCGGGCAUCAGCAGCACCGACCGUGGGGGCUACCGGGGCCGCUUCCACGCCCGGGGAGGGCUCUCCCAGUGGGGAAGCUAUUACGGAGGGCAGCGCUCACGGGUGCGAGGGAGGAUGUACAGGUGA